AAGGGGUUGGCUUAUACAGAGGGUGUCAACUUUGGAAAAACAAAUACACGGAAGACGGGUCAUAUUUAUUGGCUGUUUUUGAGUCAAAUUCGUUGCACUGUCGAUGCAUGAAUGGUUGUUUAAACUCACAUCUAGUGGCUGGAGCAUGGAUGUCAAACCACUGGGGAUGACUGCAGUAUCCGUAUUUUCAACUUUCAGUGCUGCUUUUGUCUCACUUGACAAGUGCGCUUUGAACAUGUCCCAGACAAGUAGUGACUUUUCCUUCCUGAAACCUUCGGGACGUUGACGCCAUGCCUCUUUAACCCACUUCAAGCAACCCGCUUCGUCCAUCCAGCAGCGUUCUUGAACGUAAACAACAACACCCCGCGGGAAUUUUCUGAGCAAUCUUUGAUUUUUGUCUCAACACAAGAUCAUGUCUAUUCAUAAAUCGGGUGAACCAACUUUGUGUAGCUUUGAAAUUUUCACUGACUUCACGGUGUUUUUUGUCCCAUUUCAACGUUUGAACUCAAAUCAUUUCUCUGGUAACAAUGUAUCCAGACAAUUGCUGGUGAUUCACCCACUCUAAAACAUUUUCUUUGAGUUCUGGCCACUGGCAUGUUUUACCGCGGUUUGCGCAUUUCCCUCAGCAUGUCCUCUGCCUUUCUCCACUCUCUCACUAGUUUCUAGUUUACACUAAACUUCUUAGCAGCUGCAUAAUUAUUUGUUCCUUUAGCAAAAUCAACAACCUUCAGCUUGAAGCCAGCAUCAUAUCGCAUUCGUUUUAAUCUUUUGUACAUGGUGGUCGCAAACUCAAUACUGAGUAUGCGUACUGAUCCUGCCACCCCGUGUUAUGUUUUAACGAGAUUAUGAUGGUUUCACGGGGGUAACAUUUCAGAGGAUUCAUUAUCAUUGGGAACCAAAUCCAAAACUUCCCUCCCUGAUUUAUUUAUUUAUUAAGAAUUCGCUUAUAAUGCUCUACAAUGUGUAGGCUUAUUUUCUAAGCAGGUAAUGGUUCACAAAAUUUUCAGGUUCCGGAUCUGGCAAAGCUGAGAACCGGCAUGUGAGAUGUUGUGAUCUUUUCUGGUUAAAUCAAAAACCUUUACAAAAGGGGUCGGCUUAUACAUAGGUAACAUGAAAAAGUCACUUUUUUAACCUUGAAAAUGGGAGGCCAGCUUAUACUCCGGGUCAGCUUAUACACUGGAAUUUACAGUAUUUGUUACUUUUUGCUGACUGUCAAUUGUGUAUAGGCAGUAUUAAUGCUGCAUUUGCUGAAAUCAAGUUUCUUUCAUCAGAACCUCAUGAUGUUCCUGUUUGAUUGAAUCCCAAAUCAUACCGACUCUAGACACCUAUUCUUUAUGAAGGGAUGCUUUCUCAAGGUUGAGUCCCUUGGCUGUUAGCAGAACUGGCAAUGAGCCAAGUUCCAUACAAGUCCGGUGAGGGGGCUGGAGUUAUAAGGUCUAAGAUAAAAGAACUAGGAGUAGAAUUACCUAUUUGGCCCACCAAUUCUAUUCCACCAUUUCAUCGUGGCUGAUCCAUUUUUCCAUCAGCCUUGAUCUCCUGCCUUCUCUCCAUAUCCUUUCUCUCCAUAACCACAGCACCCUCGCUAACUUCUGUUUUCAGGACCUCAUUGUCUUACCUUCCUGUGUCAUUGGUACCAAUAUGUACCAAGUCAUCAGGUUGUUCUCCCUCCCUCUUCAAAAUAUUGUGGACACAAUCCAAGAUGUCUCUGACCCUGGCACCUGGGAGCAACAUACCAUCCCAGUGUCCCGUUCACAAGCACAGAAUCUCCUGUUUGUCCCCGUCUAUGAGUCCCAUAUCACUACCACUCCCCUCUUCUCCCUCUUUCCCUUCUGCAUCACGGAUCUGUGCUCACUGCCAGUAACCCAGUCUCCAUGGCAUUCAUUUGGGAAGUCAUACCCCAUUACAGUAUCCAAAAUGCUAUUCUUAUUAUUGAGAGGAAUGGCCACAGGGGUGCUCUACGCUAACUGCCUAUUCACUUUUCCAUUUCUCCUGACAGUCACCCAGCUAUUUGCCUCCUGCAACUUUGGUGUGACUACUUCCCUGUAACUCUGACCGAUUAUCUCCCCACUUAUCCAGCUGCUGCUCCAGAUCCCUAACAGUUUUCAAGGAGCUGCAGCCAGAUGUACUUCAUGCAGAGGUAGUUCCCUGGAAGAUUCUUCCCAGGACUCGCAUUAGUCCGGCAUGAAGAACACACAACAGCCACUUACUACAUUUGGUACUGUAAGAGAAAAAUAAAAAAACUUUAACCUUACCAGAAACUUGCCCAGAGCCAAAGCCUUUUCCAGGCCGAAACCUAUUUUGAGCCAAAGCCUGACACUCCUACUUUCACCACUUGUCUACUCCCAACAAUGUCUGCCCCCCGCUUGUCCCAUCUGAAAUGAGCCUAAACUCCUGUGAAACUCUCCUUUUAAACAAGCGUUGCUGACCUGCAAGAAACUUUGUUGUUGUGGACUGCUCCUGCCGCUGAUUAAGCCAUCAAAAUGAGCCUGAAUGGUGAAAAACUCUCCUUUUAAACAAGCAUUGUGGACCUGCAAAAAUCCUCAUCACUGUGGCCUGCUCCUGCCGCUGAUGGGCUGUCAGUAUAUGGAGAGGGUUGAACUAUAUUGUAAAAUGAACGAUAUGGAUGAGGAAAAUAAAAUUUCCACGCUUCUUAGCUUAAUGGGUGCUAAAACUACAGGCUUUUACACAACUUAGCAACUCCUGAAAAGACAGCAAGCAAGCUGUUCAAGGAAAUUGUCACAACUUUACAAAAUCACUUAAGUCCUAAAACAUUAGUAAUAGCUGAGAGAUUUAGAUUUUACAAAAGUAACCAGUCAAAGGAUGAAAGCAUUUCUGAAUACAUUGCAGAAAUGUGCACACUUUCCCAAUAACUGUGACUUUAGAAAUGGACUUCCUGAUGCUUUAAGGGACAGGUUUGUAUGUAGCAUACAUAGUCAAAACAUUCAAAAAAGGCUACUGUCAGAAAGAGACCUAACCUUAGAACAGGGAUUGACCUUUGCAAUAUCAUUAGACACUGCAGCAAAGGAUGCAACAGAACCACAGAAAGAGACUUUAGAAUGUGAAACCAAAUAAAUGUCCCUGAAGGGACCAAAAAAGUUAUCAAUAUGGCAUAUCAACCUAUGAUACAAAUAACUGUUGGUUCAAAGAAAAAAAAUUUGCAGGAAUUGUCACAGACAAGUCACAUUGAGAGAAUGUGCAAGUCAGAUAAAAAGCACAACCAAACAGGAAAACCACAGAGUCUGGUGUAAAACUGAAAAUGGAGCUGGAUACAGUGUCAGCUUUGUCUAUAAUUUCAGAGGCUGACAGUUUUGUAAGCUACCAUUAGAAAAGACCUCGGUAAGGACCUACACAGGUGAAAAAGUGUCUCCCAGAGGCAAACUGAAAGUAAAUGUGAUGUACGGAGGCAAAACACAUCAGAUGGAGCUUUAUGUGUUGAAAAGUCGAGGGCCAGCACUUUUCAGAUAUGAAUGAUUGAGAACAAUCCAACUAGAAUGGCAUAUAUUCAAAGCUCUCAAUGUGUCAUCAACAGGCAACUGCAGUCCAAACAAUAGUACUAACCAGAGACUGUCAUGGCUGCUUAAUGAUAAUGAGAAAGUGUUUGAGAAGAGUACUGGCAAACUCAAAGGCAUAAAGGCCUGAAUUGAACUAGGUGAAGCAGCAACACCAAGAUUCCAUAAAGCACGUCCUAAAGAGAAUGCUGAACUGUAGAGCUUGGAGGCAUCUGGCAUUAUCACCAAGGUUGAGUAGAGGGACUUGGCCAUGCUCAUCUUCUCACAAGAGAAGAUUGAAGCAGUGUCGCAGGCACCCAAACUGGAAAAUGUGUCACACCUCAGGUCAUAUUUUGGCCUGGUAAACUAUUAGCACCAGCUUCUAUUGACACUAUUAGAAACUAUAGUUUCUAUUGAAACUAUUAACACAUCAGAAGAGUUUGGAUUAUUGAUGAAAAAAUUGGCAUCAAACACUUUAAGUCAAUUCCUCACCACCCAGCAAAGAAUGGGUGAGCUGAAAGGUUUAUUGAAGCCUUCAAGGAAUCUAAUAAAGUGAUGGACAGGGAGGACAUUGCUGCACAGCAUAAGAUGGACAGCUUCUUUUUUCUUUAUCGGAACUCUGUUCAGGUGAUAACAAAUCAAAGACCUGCAAUACUGUUCAUAAGCAGGAAUCUGAGGUUUUGCAUAGACCUCCUGAAAUCAGAUCUACAGAGAAAACUGCAGUAUAAACAGUUCAGCCAGUUUCCAAGUGAAUUGGCAAGGAGCUUCGAGGUUGGACAGGAACUCCUAGCGCAUGAUUCCCAAGAAGAGAAGGAUAGCCACAAGAACUGGACUACUGAUGUAUACAGUGGAUGUUGGAGAUUAUACAUAGAGAUGUCAUGAGGACCAGCUACUGGAUGCCUAGCCAAAGAACACACCUGAGUCGAAUGCAUCCAACAAAACGUACACAUUAUCACCACCGGACCUACUUCUCAGUGGUGAUCAUGUCACUAAAAGCGACAUGCCACCUGCAAUAGAGAAAGCUUUGGCAAGACACCUGUUAAUCCUAAUACCGUUUCACAGGUUCAAAAGCGCUAUUGUGAAAGAAACAGAGCGCCGUCCGAAAGACUGACUCUAGGAAAGUGAAGUUACUGAUGGACUGCUAUGGUGAAAGCAUGCCUAUUUAAAUAUGGUUUAUUAAAGGGAAAUUGUUACAUAUAGUUAUAUGUUACAUUAAUCUAAAGGGGGAGUGAGUGUAACGUAUGUGUAAUCUCUUUUAGCACAGACUCCUCUUAGCUUUGAUUAGGGACUGAUUACUACGCAUGCGUAUUGAUCUGCUCCCGCUCUGCAAAGUGAACGUAAGCGUUAACCUCACUUCCUGCGUGUGUGCGCGCGCUUUUAUUUUAAUUGAUAUGUAGUUGUACCGACAUGACAACGACAACUGGGUUGGUGCAAUUCACCAAUCUCCUCUAAAGUUUAACAGCAGAAUGAAUUCGCAAGCUGUCAAAAGCGCAGGCGUCGGGGUCAUGGAUGUGCGCAGUGGUCGCGCAUGCGCUCAGUAGACAACAGGCUCAGGAGUUUCCGUAACAGCUGCACAGAACAACGAUUGGUCUGAGCAGGAAAUAUAUGCACAGCCUGAAAACUGUACAGCACUUCAAAUUAACAUCAUAUAAAAGGAAAUUCCAGCUGUGUGGCAACAAAGGCUUUUUGCGCGAGAAUAUUUCAGUUAUUGCACAGCUGUGCAGCUUAGAGGGAACAGUGAAUACUAAAGGAGAGAGGCAAAUUGAGCCAAGUCACAGAUUGAAUACAGCUUGUCCCAUUCUUACACAGACAGGAAAAUCAUCAGAGAAUUUGAUGGUCAGUCCAGAUUCCUGAAUUUUGCCCUGUAUUUGUCUCUUCAACUUGGGAUAAAUCUUACUGUAAUAGUGUGAUGUCAGAUCUCACAUUGGCAAUUAAACUCUCAUCUGAAAUGUUAUCCUUCAUCCAUUGAUGUAUUCUGUAAAUCUUUUUACAGGUUAAAAUCGGCAAAGAAUUUGUGUACAGGAAUCUCAAACACCACACAUCAGUUUUACUGUCUCUGUCCAGAUAAUUAAGAAGUUGAGUAAGGGAUUCACUCUCUCUUCCUUCCUGCUUAGACUGUGGGAAGGGAAUCACUCGGUCAUCUGAUUUACUGGCAUGGCUGUCAUUUCACACAGGGGAGAAGUGAUUCAUCUGCUCAACUGUGUGAAGGGAUUCACUCACUCCUCCUUCCUGCUCAGCUGUGGGAGGGGAUUCACAUGAUCAUCUCAACUGAAGGUACAUCAGUGGGUUCACAUUGGGGCAAGGCCAUUCACCUGUUCUGUGUGUGUGAAGGGAUUCAGUUGAUCAUCUUACCUGUAGACACACCAGUCAGUUCACACUGGGGAGAGGCCAUUUACCUGCUGAAAUUGUGGGAAAGGAAGUAGUCAGUCAUCUGACCUAAUGGCACACCAGCGAGUUCACAGUGGGGAGAGGCCAUUUACCUGCUCUGACUGUGGGAAGGGAUUCAGUCGGUCAUCUCACCUACUAGCACACCAGUCAGUUCAUACAGGGGAAUGGCCAUUCACCUGUUCUGUGUGUGGGAAGGGAUUCUCUUGUUCAUAUCAACUGAGGGUACAUCGGCGAGUUCACACAGGGGAGAGACCAUUUACCUGCUCAGACUGUGGUAAGGGAUUCAUUCAAUCAUCUGACCUACUGGGACACCAGUCAGUUCACACUGGGGAGAAGCCAUUUACCUGCUUAGAAUGUGGGAAGGGGUUCACUCGGUCAUCUCAGCUGAAGGUACAUCAGCGAGUUCACACUGGGGAGAGGCCAUUCAGUUGCUCAGAUUGUGGGAAGGGAUUCACUCGAUCAUCUGACUUAAUGGCACACCAGCGAGUUCACAGUGGGGCGAGGCCAUUCACUUGCUCAGUCUGUGGGAAGGGCUUCACUCGGUCAUCCCACCUACUGGCACAUCAGCCAGUUCACACUGGGGAAUGGCCAUUUUCCUGCUCAGAAUGUGGGAAAGGGUUCACUCAGUCAUGCCACCUACAGAUACACACGUCAGUUCACACUGGAGAAAGGCCAUUCACCUGCUCAGACUGUGGGAAGGGAUUCGCUCGGUCAUCUCAACUGAAGGUACAUCAGCGAGUUCACACUGGAGAGAAACCAUUCACCUGCUCAGUUUGUGGGAAGGGAUUCACUCGGUCAUCUCAACUGAAGGUACAUCAGCAAGUUCACAAUGGUGAGAGGCUGUUCAUCUGUUCAGAUUGUGGAAUGGGAUUCACUCAGUCAUCUGACCUACAGACACACCAGUCAGUUCACACUGGGAUGUGGCCGUUCACCUGCUCAGAUUGUGGGAAGGGAUUCAUUCAUUCAUCCAGUCGACAGAGACACCAGCGAGUUCACACUGGAGAGAGGCCGUUCAUCUGUUCUGUGUGUGAAAAGGGAUUUGCUCACUCAUUUCAAUUGAAGGUACAUCAGCGAGUUCACACUGGGGAGAGGCCAUUCACCUGCUCAGAUUGUGGGAAGAGAUUCACUCAGUCAUCUCAACUGAAGGUACAUCAGCGAGUUCACACUGGGGAGAGGCCAUUCACCUGCUCAGAUUGUGGGAAGGGAUUCACUCAGUCAUCUCAACUGAAGGUACAUCAGCGAGUUCAUACUGGGGAGAGGCCAUUCACCUGCUCAGACUGUGGGAAGGGAUUCACUCGGUCAUCCGACCUACUGGUACACCAGUCAGUUCACACCUGGGAGAGACCGUUCAACUGCUCAGACUGUGGGAAGGGAUUCACUUUAUCAUCUCACCUACUGGCACAUCAGUUAGUUCACACUGGAGUAUGGCCUUUCACCUGCUCAGACUGUGGGAAGGGAUUUACUCAGUCAUCUCAACUGAAGGUACAUCAGCGAGUUCACACUGGGGAAAAGCCAUUCACCUGCUCUGAUUGUGGGAAGCAAUUCAGUCAGUCAUUUGACCUAAUGGCACACCAGCGAAUUCACAAUGGGGUGAGGCUAUUCACGUGCUCAGUCUGUGGGAAGGGAUUCACUCAGUCAUCCAGCCUACAGAGACACCAACGAGUUCAUACUGGAUAGAGGGCAGUCACCGGUUCUGUGUAUGUGAAUGGAUUAAUUUGACCAUACAGUCUGCAGACUCACUGGUGAGCUCACACUGGGGAGAUGUUGUUCACCUGCUCAGACUGUGGGAGAGAUUCACUGAGUCAUCUCAGCUGAAUGUACAUUAUUGAGUUCACACAGGAAGAGGCUGUUCACCUGUUGUGAAUGUUGGAAGGGAUUCACUCGGUCAUCUAACCUUAUGACAUACUAUGGAGGUCACACUGGGAAAGAGUUCAUAUAAGCUACAUGCUGGAUAUGUAAACAUCACAUCCAGAGACAAGUUUAAAAAGUGAUGAACUCUACGAUUAUUGCUGUUGCUCAUUAAACCUAGUUCUGCACCCUGGUCACUCAUCAGGGAAGGAGUUUCUUCUGCUGAUAUUCACCUUCAAUGGGUACUCUCAAGUACUUAGUGAAUCCACAACACACCCUGUGUACAGUCAGGAGUCAGCUCAGCCCAGCUGGACCCUGCAGUCUUUUCCACAACAGACCUUUUAAAUCCAUCCCUGCUGUUCACCCCUCGCUCACCCCGUGGUGAUGGGUUCCAAACAGAUACCACUCUGUGGGUGAAAAGGUUUCCUUGAAUUUCCUGUCUUACUUUCUACAGACUGAAGAAGAAAGUGAGUGGACUCCAGUUAACUCUGGCAUGUUAUUUGUCCCUCAGAUUUCUGGGCCAAGGAAGAAUGACACUGCUAGUUAAUCUUCUUAUUUCCUGCUCACUUCAAAAUUAUGUGCCAUUUUCACUGCUUCUAAGCAAUUGUUAGAAUACACCACUCUUCUAAAGUCUGAAAGCAGAUUGGGGAACCAUUAGUUGAAUGGUCAGUGGAGCAGGGUCAAAAAUCAGAGACUAGGGCUCUGGACAGUGGUAGGUAUGACAGUGAAUAUAUGAUGAGAAAAAGUGAAUCAAUAGGGGGUGUGGCAAUGAAUUACAGAGUACAGUAGCAACAUUUGGAAGCUGAUUGACAGAGAAAAUAAUUUGGUUGAAUGACUUAACACAAACAAUACCUUAUUGUGAAGCAUUCCAUUAGUCAAGGAAUGUGUGUGUUUGGAAUGGCUAUAUCUAUUAAGUAAGUUGUUCUUGAUUGUUUAUCCUGUGAUAUCCGGACUGUUAUUAUGGAUUGUCCUAUCUGUAUUAAUGUAUUGAUCAACAUAUAAUUUGUAAGAUUCUGACUCUAAAACUGGAUCAGGCAUGAAUUUAUAGUAAGUUAUGGUGUCUCUCAUGUGUUUAUAUUUUAAAGCAAGAUUUUGGUGAUUGAUAUAUGCCUGUGUAAGUAAUCAGAUUGAAUUAAAUUGCUGCUGGAUUCUGUA